AUGGACGUUCCCACGGCGGCCCUGUGGGUACCGGGAGUGGUCGACAUCGCGGAGGAAGGCGACGGAUGCUACCGCGGCUCGCUGAAGGCUCGCGUGGGUCCGAUGAGCAUGACUCUCACGGGGACGGUCACGGUGGAAGACCAGCACCCCGAUUCGGGACGCGCCCGUUUUCUCGUGGAGGCCAGCGACCGGCGAGUCGGCGGCGGCGUCAGGACCACGAUGGCGCUUCAGCUCACCGAGAGGCCGUCUGGUGAAACAGAGCCAGUCAUCCGCCGCAAGGCCCAGUCCACCAUCGAGGGGUUCGCAAAAAAUCUCGCCCGCGAACUGGAGGGACGA